AUGGGGCUGGGAGGAAGGAUGCGCCUGAGCCGCGUCUGCUGCGUGUUCUACCAGCUGUGCGUGCUGUCAAGCGGGCUCGGCGCAGGUCUCCAUGCUUCAGAAGAGACUGAGGAGUGGGAGAUUGUCUUCCCUGCACUGUGGAGCCCAGGCCAGCAGGAGCCAACGGGUGGCAGUGGUGGUGGUGGGGGUUGCAACAUUGACCCCAGUAGUGGGAACCAAAGCAGCACUUUCAGUGCCCCAGUCACACCUAGCCUAGUGGCUGGCAGCUCCCGUGAGGUGCGUUCAGUCUCCUCCUCGGUGGAUGGGCAGGUGCAGGCUGUAGGGGAGGCAGCAGAGGAAGAGGACACUGAGGAUGAGUAUGAGUCUCAGGAGUUUUAUCACUGGUCUCCCCUGCCCCAGGGGUCUGGUGCUGCCUCUCAGUUGCCAACACCACCAUCUCCCCCACCACCACCUCCAGCAGAGGAUGGAGAUGAAGUGCUGGUGAGGAUCCCAGCUUUUGCUCGGGAACUCUACCUGCUGCUCAAGAGGGACAGCCGCUUCCUGGCUCCUGGCUUUGCUGUUGAAGAACGGCUUGGGCGUGAGGGCAAAAGUUCACCCAGUGCCACACAGUCGCAACCUGAGAGAGCUUGUUACUACAGUGGUGCUGUCCUCCGCUACCCGGGCUCCUUCGCCUCCUUCAGUACCUGUGGUGGACUGAUGGGGUUUAUACAGAUUAAUGAGGACUUCAUAUUUAUUGAGCCACUCAAUCGUACUUUGGCUGUGACAGGACAUGCACACAGGGUGUACAGACGAAAAAGAUCCAUAGAGGAGAAAAUUUCUGAAAAGCCACCUUCUCAGAACCAGUACUGUGGUGUUGUUACAGAUAAAAGAAAAUCCAAGACUCAAAAAGUGUCUGAAAGUGGAAGAGGAAAGCGAUACUCUUACAAGUUGCCUCAGGAGUACAACAUAGAAACCGUCGUGGUGGCAGAUCCAGCUAUGGUUUCCUAUCAUGGAACAGAUGCUGCCAGAAGAUUUAUUCUAACCAUCUUAAACAUGGUUUUUAAUCUUUUCCAACAUAAAAGUCUAGGAUUACAAGUAAAUCUUCGGGUGACUAAACUUGUCCUUCUUCAUGAGACUCCAGCAGAUAUGUAUAUUGGACAUCAUGGUGAAAAAAUGCUGGAAAGCUUCUGUAAAUGGCAACAUGAAGAAUUUGGCAAGAAGAACGAUAUACACUUAGAAAUGUCGACAAGCUGGGGAGAAGACAUGACUUCAGUUGAUGCAGCCAUACUGAUAACAAGGAAGGAUUUCUGUGUACAUAAGGAUGAACCAUGUGAUACUGUUGGUAUAGCAUACCUGAGUGGAAUGUGCAGUGAAAAACGAAAAUGUAUAAUUGCAGAGGACAAUGGUCUGAAUCUGGCUUUUACAAUUGCCCAUGAAAUGGGUCACAACAUGGGGAUAAACCAUGACAAUGACCACCCAUCCUGUGCAGAUGGUGUCCAUAUCAUGUCUGGGGAAUGGAUUAAAGGACAGAAUCUUGGGGAUGUUUCAUGGUCUCAGUGCAGCAGAGAAGAUCUGGAAAGAUUUCUCAGGUCAAAGGCCAGUAACUGUCUGGUACAGACAAAUCCUCAGAGCCUCAGUUCUGUGAUUAUUCCCUCUAAGCUCCCAGGAAUGAUGUACACUGCAGAUGAGCAGUGUCAGAUUCUUUUUGGACCAACUGCUUCCUUUUGCCAAGAAAUGCAGCAUGUCAUUUGCACUGGGUUGUGGUGUAAGGUGGAAAGUGAGAAGGAAUGCAAAACUAAACUGGAUCCACCAAUGGAUGGAACAGAUUGUGGCACUGGAAAGUGGUGUAAGGCUGGAGACUGUAUCAAUCGGAUCUCUUUCACGGAGCAUAUGGAGGGGGAGUGGAGCGCAUGGAGCACUUGUAGCCGUACUUGCAACACUGGAAUCAGCAGUCGACAACGCAAAUGCCCUGGUUCAGGCCUUGAAGGACAGUGUCAUGGGCCCACAAUGCAGUAUAGGGUAUGUGAAAAUCCUUCUUGUCCUGCUGGUGUACCUGCCUUUAGGGACUGGCAGUGCCAAGCUUUCAGUGUCAGAUCUUCAUAUCAGAAGCAUGUGCACCAGUGGCAAGCUAUCAUUGAUGAUGAAAAGCCAUGUGCUUUAUUCUGUUCACCGGCUGGAAAGGAUGAACCUGUUCUUCUGACAGAAAAGGUGAUGGACGGGACGUCCUGUGGCCAGCAUGGACUAGAUGUCUGUGUAGAUGGUAGAUGCCAGAAAUUUGGCUGUGAUGGUAUAUUAGGAUCUCUGGCUCGUGAAGAUCAUUGUGGUAUAUGCAAUGGUAAUGGAAAGUCAUGCAAAGUUAUUAAAGGUGAUUUUAACCAUACCAGAGGAGCAGGUUAUGUGGAAGCUUUGGUAAUACCUGCAGGAGCAAGGAGAAUCAAAGUUGUGGAAGAAAAACCAGCUCAUAGUUAUUUAGCUCUUAGGGAUGCUGGAAAACAGUCAAUCAAUAGUGAUUGGAAGAUAGAGCAUUCUGGAACAUUCAAUAUUGCUGGGACCACAGUCCAUUAUGUUCGGAGAGGUCUCUGGGAGAAAAUAUCAGCCAAAGGUCCCACAACAUCACCCUUACAUUUACUGGUGCUGCUCUUCCACGAUCAGAGCUAUGGUUUACACUAUGAAUACACAAUCCCAUUGGAUCCUCUCCCUGAAAAUCAGAGCUCUAAAGUACCAGAGCCCCUUUUCAUGUGGACACAUUCUACUUGGGAAGACUGUGAUGCUGUAUGUGGAGGAGGUGAAAGAAAGACAACAGUCUCUUGCACAAAGAUUAUGAACAAGAAUAUCAGUCUUGUGGACAGCAAGAAGUGCAAAUAUUUAACAAAACCUGAACCACAGAUCCGUAAGUGCAAUGAACAGCCCUGCCAGACAAGAUGGAUGAUGACAGAAUGGACACCAUGUUCAAGGACAUGUGGAAAAGGAACCCAGAACAGACAAGUAGCCUGCACACAGCAGCUCAGAAAUGGGACCCUGAUCAGAGCUAGGGAGAAGGAUUGUCUGGGGCCAAAGCCUGCUUCUGCACAGCGCUGUGAAGGCCAGGACUGCAUGACAGUGUGGGAGGCAGGAGUUUGGUCUGAGUGCUCUGUAAAGUGUGGUAAGGGAGUACGGCAUCGGACUGUGAGGUGCACCAAUCCACGCAAAAAAUGUGUUUUGUCCACAAGACCUAAAGAAGCAGAGGACUGUGAGGACUAUUCCAAAUGCUAUGUCUGGAGAAUGGGAGACUGGUCUAAGUGCUCCGUCACAUGUGGCAAAGGAAUGCAAUCUCGAGUCAUCCAGUGCAUGCACAAGAUCACAGGAAGGCAUGGCAAUGAAUGCUUUUCUUCAGAAAAGCCUGCAGCCUACAGACCCUGUCAUCUCCAUCCCUGCAAUGAGAAAAUUAAUGUUAAUACAAUAACAUCACCCAGGUUAGCUGCUUUGACAUUCAAGUGCCUAGGAGACCAGUGGCCUGUGUACUGCAGAGUGAUAAGAGAGAAGAACCUCUGUCAAGACAUGAGGUGGUAUCAGCGAUGCUGUGAGACGUGCAGGGACUUUUAUGCUCAAAAAAUGCAACAAAAAAGCUGACCUCAGUCAGGCUGGCUGUCUCUCAGCUCUUUGCAAUCUUACUAUUUAUAAACACACACACACACACACACACACACACAGGCUUUUUCAGACCAAAUAUUAUCAGAUUACAUAUAAUUUAAUCAAAUUAAUUUAUUUUUGCCUGCCAGACAUCAUUAAUGGUUUUGGUUAAACAGCCAACAUUUUUUUAUACAUUAUCAGAAUUUUAAAAAAAUAGUAACUAGUAUUUUAAAUGUUUAUUUUCAGUAAGGCCAUCUGUUGCAAAAAAAAAAAAAAAAGAACUCAUGUUAUCUUGAAUUUAUUUUAAU